GAGAUUUCCACCUUCAUCGCCCAAUACUCAGAGACGUUUCUUCCUUCAUCCUCCUUCAUUGCCUAAGAAUCUGAGGCUCAAUCUACUAUCAUAACCAACGGGAUAAGUUUCUCCUUCACUUCCUUCAUUUUCACCCUAAUAGUAAGCACAAAUUCCUAUCAAGGAUUUAAGCAAUCAAAAGGAAAAACAAGAUAUUCGAAGCAGAGGUUGGGUAGGAUUGAAGCAAUUAAAGGGAUUCAAUGGGUUUGAUCGUCGAUCGCGGCUAUGGUUUCUUCUAAUUUUAUUUAUCAAAGGCAAUAUAAUUCUUCUCCAUCUGUAAUUGUAAUUAGUGGAGGUAUUUCAGGCUUAGCGGUUGAACGUGUCCUCCAGAAUGCAUCUUCCAAGGUGAUAUUGCUGGAAUCAAGAGAUAUAAUUGGUGGACGUAUUCAAACUGACUACUCGUUUGGUUGCCCUGUUGACAUGGAAGCAUCGUGCAUGCUUUAUGCUCUUUGGUAUUGAUGACAAGAAAGUUCCUCAACAUACACUUGUUGAACUUGGAGAUGCAUUUAGAAAAAUUCUCAAAGAGGUACGCUUUCCUUGAAUUAUUGUUUCUAUUUUUUACUUUCAUAAUCUUCCCUUAGCUGCUUUCUUAGAUUAAUUGUGAUAAUCCAUUUUUUGGCCCCUAUACACUGAGAAAGUGAGGGAUGAACAUAGUCAAGACCUGUCAAUUCAGCAAGCUGCAAUAUCAAUCGUACUAGACAAAUAUCCAGAACUAAGGCAAGAUGGACUUGCCGACGAAGUGCUGCAGUGAUACAUAUGAAAGAUACAUGCUAACUAAAUAAUACAAGCAUGAUAUAGUUGUAAUAUAAUGUUCAAUACCUUUACUUAAAAUUACAAAUUUAU